GAGAAAACACAGUGUAGGGCCCUCUGCAGUGCCCCACAUGCAAGAACAAUUUCUAAAUGCGAUGCCUCAUCCCGUCAGACAGUCUGCAUCUUCCACGUCUCUCCGGAACAUCAAACGAAAGACAAACAACGAAAGGACACACGGAGGAAGAUAAGACAUAGGAUAACAACAACAUAAAUUAAUUCUAUAGUGCAAGUCUACAUAAAGCAUAUUGAUAUUCUUUACUAUUUCUUACUGCUCCACAUUGUGGAUUUUUGCUACUGCUUCAUACAUAGAGAAACAUAUCUGUAGUGGAUGUCAUCAGAGCAUGUGUGUAUGUAUUUAAUUGCAGUUUUUAUUGGCAAUAUAGCAAGUGUACCAUUGAAACUGUUGCAAUAUUGGGCUUGUUAUAUUUACCCAAUCUUAAGCUAUCUUAUCUGGUGUCUUAUGGAACAUGUUAUGCACUGUGUUUAUGUAAACCCAGUGUUACCUAUAAACUGCAAAGGGCAGGAAAACAAGUAGGAACUAAGAGUUGAGGAAGUGCAAUUCAGUCACUCCCCAUGUUGUCAGGCAUUAGACAACCUCAUGCAAGGAAUAAUAAGAUCAUUCACAGGCUGUGAAGCUACCAACAUGAAGUGGUUGUUUUGGUUUUCUCUCCUUAUCAGCUACCUUUCAGUAAUAGAGAGCAUGGAAAAAAUGGGAAAAGCCGAGAGCUGCUUAUCACAACCGAACAAGGUGAUCUGGCAGAAAAUAGGACAAAGUGUUGUCCUCCCUUGUUUUGUCAGUUCACAUUGUUCAGCCAAAGACUGGAGGUAUGAAUGGUUUUCUUUCAAAGAAAACUCUCAUUUUCAUCUGAAGCUGCUUGACAAUCCUUUGAAGUACAGACUGGAAGGAGCAUCUUUACACAUCAAUUCACUUCAUGCUAAUGACAGCGGAAUCUACCACUGUGCUGCAGUAUCAGAUGGAGAACCAGCACCCGGCGCACAGCAUGUAGGGCCGGGUACCACUCUUGUAAUGAAAGAAAAAACUAAAAUGGUGAGGCACAUACCUCUGUGGCUGACAUUUCUCCUCUUGGCCAUCUACAGUUUGGUGAUAGUGAUACUUAUUCUGAAGAAGCAUUACUGCAGAAGGACACGCAAAAUUGAAAAGAACAGCUCAACUAAGAAAAGACAGUUCCGUGAUGUGCUGCAGGAAAUGUACAGCAGAAGGAACUUGGAGAAAAACAAAGAAGCAGCCAGCAAAGUAACUGUGAGAAGAAACCACACACAAGAGGGUACAAGCACAGACCUCGACAACUCAACUGAUGACAUCUAUCAAAAUGUCUAAGUGUCACAGAAGGAUACUCAGCGGCAGAUUUAGACCUCCGUCAUCCUGAUGGUGAGGAAAUUCCAAAGCAACGAAACACCUGAUGCAGGAUGCAGUUACGUGACUGAGGAAAUGAGCAAACGAGCACAGGCUGCAGGAUAGCUGUGUGCAGGCUCGUGCUUUUCUCCUGAACUGA